AUGGAAAUCGAAGAAUUCGACAAUCUGGCAAAAAAUAUAUCCAUUAUAGUUAAUGGAGAAGUAUCUGCAGAAAGAGUAUCUGUAGUUGCAUCAGUUUUUGAUAUAUGUAUUGUUAUAGAAGGUGGACCAAGAGUUGCAAAUGAAAUUCAAGAAUUCGUUUGGAAUGAUCAAAUUAUCAUCCCAGUUAUAUCAACUGGUGGAGCUGCUUCAGGAAAGUUUGGAAUAUCUAAAAGAAUAUUAGAAGUACCUCCAGGUGUUAAUGAAGAAGAUUGGUUAAUUCUUGCAAAUCAAGAUAUUACAGCUGAUGAUGUUGGUAGAGCAGUGAAACGAAUUGUUUGCAGCUUAGUAAAAAAUAGAUCAUCUGGAUAUCAAGAAAUUUGCGGGAUCGUUAACAAUAAAUGUUUCGAGAAUCCCAUAUUAUCAAUGGUGAAUCACAUCAAUGAAGUCAUUUCUAGAAAAAUAAAAUUCAAAUAUCCCGUUCAGAUUGACAAAUUGUCAGUCACUUACAAACUAAUGUCUCUGAAUGCUGGUGGAGUAAAAACUGACAAUAAUGGAAAUAUACAGGAAAUGGCUGCCGUCUGUUUGUUAUACCCAACGGACGAGAGCGAUAUCACUAAAAAAGAAUUGAUAGCACAAUGGCGAAAAACGUUUUAUUCGCGAAUAAAAGAAUUUAAAUUUAACUACAUAAAAAUAUCUCCAUGUCCAGUGACGUCCGUUGAAUUAGAAAUUCCAGUUCUUGCUGGUAACAUAACUCCUCUAAUAGGAGUUUCAGUAACAGUAAUUACUAUCUUAUGUGUCCUGAUGUACAUGACUAACGACUGGGUUAAGAGCAAACCGUGGAUGGGAGUAGCUGCUGUCGUUUCUGCUGGUUUAGCAACAGUUUCGUCUUUUGGUCUGUUGAGUGCAGCAGGAGUUGACAAUCCGAGUACCAACGUUGUCAUACUUUUUAUCAUUUUGGCUACAGAAAUCGAUGAUGCCUUUGUGAAGAUAGCUUGUUGGAGGAUCACUGAUUCGAAAAAAGUUGUUGCCAAACGUAUGAAAGAUACUUAUUCCAACGCUGCAGUAUGUAUCACUAUCACUUUGGUGACCAAUGUAGCCUCCUAUUGUAUUGCUAUGACUGCACCUUUUCCUAUUGUAAGAUUAUUCUGUUCGUAUGCUGCAACGUGUGUUGGCUUUACUUACCUUUACCAAAUAACUUUCUUUGGAGGAUGUCUGGUAUUAAGUGGAUACAGAGAAGAAAAGGGCCUUCAUCCAUUUACUUUCAGAACAUCAGUCGAGUUAAACAAGAUACGACAACAUGCUACAUCGGCAGUUGUCGAAGGAUAA